UUUUAAUAAGAAUAAACCUGUGCUUCUUUCAUCUCCCGCCACUAUCCAACUUUCUCUUUUUACACAAACUCUCUUUCUCUCAAAUCCGAAAAAGAAAAAGCAAGCAAUGGAUGUUCCGGUGAUAGAUCUAACGAGAUACUUAGAGAUCGCCGAUAAACUCAGUACCGAACCGGCGGAAUUGUCGGGUCAACUCGAAGAACUCGGUCCUUGGCUCGGCGAUUUGUGUAAGGAGGUGAGUCGGAUUCUCAGAGAAACCGGAGCUUUAGUAGUAAAGGACCCGAGAUGUUCAGCAGAGGAUAAUGAUCGAUUUAUAGAUAUGAUGGAGAAGUACUUCGAGAGGCCACCAGAGUUCAAAAGAAUGCAAGAGAGACCUCAAUUGCAUUACCAGGUUGGAGUGACCCCUGAGGGAGUAGAAGUUCCAAGGAGCCUGGUUGAUAAAGAGAUGCAAGAGAAAUUAGAAUCAAUGCCCAAAGAGUUCCAACCAUCCACUCCAAGAGGACCAGAUCCCAAGUGGCGAUACAUGUGGAGAGUAGGUCCUCGACCAUUGGACACCCGCUUUAAGGAACUUAAUUCAGAACCUGUAAUACCUGAAGGUUUUCCAGAAUGGAAAGAGACUAUGGAUUCAUGGGGACACAAAAUGAUCUCUGCGAUAGAGGCUGUUGCUGAAAUGGCUGCAAUUGGUUUUGGUUUGUCCAAGGAUGCAUUUACUUCUCUUAUGAAGCAGGGACCACAUCUUCUUGCACCAACAGGAAGUGACCUUCGCUGCUAUGGUCAAGAAGGCACUGUCUUUGCUGGAUAUCAUUACGACCUUAACUUUCUAACAAUUCAUGGCAGAAGUAGAUUUCCUGGUCUUAAUAUUUGGCUACGGAAUGGGCAAAAAGUUGAAGUUAAGGUUCCUCUAGGAUGUCUCCUCAUUCAGACAGGAAAGCAGAUAGAGUGGUUGACUGCAGGAGACUGCAUAGCUGGCCUGCAUGAAGUUGUUGUCACAAAGAGAACGAUUGAUGCAAUUAAAUUAGCAUCAGAACAACAGCGUAGCCUAUGGAGAGUUUCCUCAACACUUUUUGCGCACAUAGCAUCAGAUGCUGUACUGAGGCCUUUAGGCCACUUUGCGGAAUUCCCACUGGCCAGCAAAUAUCCUCCAAUCUGUGCAGGAGAGUUCGUCGAACAAGAACUUGCAGUUAUCAACCUGAAAGGAAGUAAAGGAAGAUCUUGAUAACUUUGUAAGUUGUGAUGAUUAUGCAUUGCUUCUUCUACAGAUGCAAAUAACAUCUAAUGGUUGUCAGGAUGAUUCAAUUUGGACUAAAAAGAAGGGGAGCUUCCAGAGCGGUUGGAAGGUAUUACCGAGUCAUAUUUUAGAAUACAAUAACUACUGAUGGUGUUUCUGCAUGUUGUUCCAAGUUAAUUGUGAAAAUUAUCAAUAUGCUCAUAUAAUCUUGAGACCUUUCAGGUUUAUUUACUUAUAUAUAUAAUUUAAUCAAAGGCUUAAUUAACA